GCCGGAAUCCCACGCUCCCGACUUCUGCUUCCGGGUCACAGCCAUGGCGGUGGCAAAUUCAAGCCCUGUUAAUCCCGUGGUGUUCUUUGAUGUCAGCAUUGGCGGUCAGGAAGUUGGCCGCAUGAAGAUCGAGCUCUUUGCAGACGUUGUACCUAAGACGGCCGAGAACUUUAGGCAGUUCUGCACCGGAGAAUUCAGAAAAGAUGGGGUUCCAAUAGGAUACAAAGGAAGCACCUUCCACAGGGUCAUAAAGGAUUUCAUGAUUCAGGGUGGAGAUUUUGUUAAUGGAGAUGGUACUGGAGUCGCCAGUAUUUACCGGGGGCCAUUUGCAGAUGAAAAUUUUAAACUUAGACACUCAGCUCCAGGCCUGCUUUCCAUGGCAAACAGUGGUCCCAGUACAAAUGGCUGUCAGUUCUUUAUCACCUGCUCUAAGUGCGAUUGGUUGGAUGGGAAGCAUGUGGUGUUUGGAAAAAUCAUUGAUGGACUUCUCGUGAUGAGAAAGAUUGAGAAUGUUCCCACAGGCCCCAACAAUAAGCCCAAGCUACCUGUGGUGAUCUCACAGUGUGGGGAGAUGUAGUCCAGACCAAGACUGAUUCAGUAUAGCUUGCUCGACUUCAAGGCCAUAAACCAAGAGUGUGGACUGCCCUUUCUCUCUACCCUGGAACCAAAACCUGCAAGGAAGAAGGAUUGCUCUUUGUUCUGGACAUCCACAGAGAGUUAUCAGAGUCUGACAGAAAGGACGAAGGCUUUGGAGCCAAGUAGACCAGGAAGCCCCACCACUGUCUAAUUCUGUGACUUUAGUCAAGCCAGAUGACUUAAACCCCUUGGCACCCUACUUCACUCCUUUGCAUAAUUAGAUAAUAUAUUAUGCACGGAGUUGUGAAGGGCAAAUAAAUGAGACAGUAUGCUUGAC